AUGGAUAAAGCGCAAACAUUCAUAACUGAUUGUCUUUUCACGAAGAAUUUCGAUGAUCCAAAUAAACCAAUAUCUGAAAAUCGAUUACAAAGUACACUACUUUUAUUACCUACAGAUGGAGGAUUAUCAAGUCGACUCAAAAGAACAAGAAGUAAAAAGCAAUUUACAGUAGAGAAACUUUCCUCCCAAAAUUCCUCCUCUAUAAGACAUCCGAAUUAUCGUACAAUUAAUAAGAAUUCCAGGAUGGCAUUCAAAGAAUAUAUUAACAAUGCUCAUACAAAUUGUCGUAAAGCAAUAAGAUUAGCUCAAGAGAAGAAGAUUACCUCCAGGGAGGAAUUAGAUAAACUACUGGAAAGUGAACAUAAAGAUUUGUUUGAUGAACUACCGAAAUAUAAUCAAUUCUUGCCCAUGCAUGAAACUCUCUGGGUUGGUUACAUGAAAGAACUUCUUAAUAUACCUGAUAAAUUGACAGACUCUUCCAAGUUGUCAAUUAACGGUACUAUGGCGUUGACUAAGUUAUCCAUGGCAGAUUAUAAUGGUGCAAUUUUAAAAGUCACCAAGAGUAAAAAUAAAAACAUGAUUGGUAUUGAAGGAAUUGUCAUUUGGGAUAGUCAAAAAAACUUCAUUAUGAUUACUAAAGGGAAACUGGUGGAUCGAAUUAAAUGUAUUCCCAAGAAGGGAACUGUGUUUACGUUUGAACUACCGUUGAAUGAUGAGGAUGCUCUACAAUAUUCGAUUCUCGGUGAUAGAUUCAAAUAUAGAAGUAGUGAUCGUGCAAGUAGAAAAUUCAAAAGUCGUAGAUGUGAUGAUAUGUUAUAUUAUGUAAACGGUUCAUAA